AAUAACAGAUCUCGGUUUGCGUCCUCGCUGAUGUCAAACUCGGGUUCAGGAAAUCUCGAGCAGGAAUUUAUUAACAAAAUAUUCAAGUUCUCGCUAAAUUACGCUAAUAAACUAAAGUUUAGUUGACUUAAAUGGCAGAUUAUCAGUGGCCUUGGGAAUACAGCUUUCCGCCUUUCUUCACGGUUCAAUCCCAUGCGACCACGAAGGACCAGCAGCUAUCGACGUGGAAAUCGCUUAUCCUGGACUAUCAGAAACACACCAAACAGGCCGUGCUCAACAUCAACGAGGAUUGCGCUCCGUUCGUCAAUGAGGCCAUAUCGCGGAAGAUGCCCCCGGAGGGACGCCUCUGGGUGAUGGAAGCGCUGGAGAAGACCGCCAAUGCCGCCCCGAUGGACAAACGGAAACAACAGUGGGAGGUUUACUGGCACACCCUGGACGAGUGGAGUUCGCUACUGCAUGGUUGGGCCGUGGCCAACGGAAUGACCAACACGGUGUGCACCCUGUACGAGCUGGUGGCCGGCGAUCACACCGUCGGAGAAGAAUUCCACGGAUUGGAUCAGACGGUGCUGAAAAAGGCACUCAAGGUGCUGGAAACGAGGGGCAAAUGUGAGCUGAUCGCAUUCGACGACAACGAAGGGGUUAAGUUCUACUGAAAUUUAAUUUAAUCAUUGAGGAUAAGACGAUAAAACUAUAUAAUUUUCAAAAUGUUUUGUAAAUAUUAUUUAAAUAAACUCAUGAGAUUUAUAAAAGAUAUAA